AUGAAUGUUAAUGGAACAUUUACUCCUUAUAUUGGGUGUGUAAAUGAUACAACUGGACCACUCAGCAAGCAUCAUCGUAUGGGUAUUCAAGGUCAUGCAGUCUUGGAUCUACAGUUCUUAGAGGACCUCUUUAACAAGAACCUCAUGCCAGCAGCUGAAGAAUGCGGAGCUUUUGAACCUUUAGUAUCCCGCAGAAAAUUCUGUAACCGAGAUCAUCCCCAGGGGCCUGGUCGUUUAAUACAUUACAAAUGUGAUGCUAUUUUCAAUGCCUUAGUCCCUGUAAAUAUUGUGCAAUGCCCUUAUUUUCUUUUUGUAUCUCAUGGGGUUCAUAAACAUCCGCCUCCACCACCAACAAAGGCACCAGAGCGGAUCCUCCAAGGAGUGAAGGAUCUGAUUCUUCAAAUCCGUGAUCCUACUAUGACAACAGCUCAAUUCCUUCGAAGUCCCCAGCUUGAGACAUUCUGCCAGCAAUAUAAUGCCUCUACCUUAGCAGAAAUUCACACAAGUUUCUGUAAUAAGGAUCGUAUUGCUGCGAUUAUCCAGAAGCAACGUCUGCUUUCCUAUCCUAAUGGUCAGGAGAUUGAUGGAUUAAUCUUCCUCCAGACUACAGAAGGUAUCUUUAAGGAAUAUAUCCAAGAAUACUAUCAUGAUGCUCAAAGUAGCAUGGUUUUUUGCGGAUAUAAGAGUCAGAUUCAGCUCUUAUCUCAGUUACAGUCUUUUAAGGUUGAUAUGUCUUACAAGCGUAUCCGGGCAAAGGAAAUGAAUGAGGUUUUAUUUGCUACAUUUCUUCCUGAACAGGCUAAAAUCAUCACAUUAUUACGUGUUUUUACAAAUAUGGAUAGUACUGAGGGCUACUAUUUAUUGUUUAAACGCGCCUUUGCUCUUCUUGAAAGAGUAUCUGGUAGGCCUGUUUGUUUUGACCACCUUCAUAAUUCUGGGAUAUACGGGAUUAUUGUUGACAUGGAUACAAAGCAGUAUAGUGGCCUUGGCCAGUACCUUGCGGAGAUUGACCCAGAACAUAAUGAUAGUAUAUGGCAGCUGCAGCAUAUUAUCGUAUUCUGCCGGGUUCAUUUUCAACGGAAUAUUCUAAAGGCUAUUGGAACACGGCAACAGGGGUCAGAACAUGAGCCCCCUCCAGUCCAAAAUUGGGCUAUUCAAAAGAAGGCUGCAGUCAUCAAAGCAGGCCUUAAUAAGGCCUGCUCCAGAAUUCAGCCUGUUUAUUUUGAUCAACUUCGUAAUCAUACAAAUGCAGUUGAGCAGUCUCACCAGAAAUCAUAUGCUUCAGGAAAGUAUUUAACUCUGGUUGAAGCAGUUAGAAACUCUGCUAAGCUUGACAAGGCUGAUAUUCUACAAUAUCAAAUCUUUGUUCGGUUUAAUGUCUGUCACUUAUCCCAGACAGCAAAUAUGGAAGUGAAUUAUCUCCGAUCCCAGGAACGGGAGACGUUGGGCUCGAAACAAGAGGGAUUUGGGCCGCCAGCAACGAUCGUACGGGUGAAGGAGACGUUCCCCGAUGUACCGGGUGUUGAGGGUAUGAUUGGCAGUUGGACCGGCGCCGGGAGAUUAUCCGAGCCGCACGAACUUCUUCGGCGAGAAAACGAAUUCAAUUUUACUUCUUUCUUCUUCCACUCCGUCAAUCCCGUCAACCAGCACCGCCGCGGAUCCAAGUCGACAACAAUGCCUCCCAAGUCCGGAAAGAAGACUGCUCCCCUCCCUUACCCUCAGGGCAAGGCUGGUUCUGGCAAGAAGGGCCCCAAGAACCCUCUCAUCGAGAAGCGCCCCCGCAACUUCGGUAUUGGCCAGGACAUCCAGCCCAAGCGCAACUUGUCCCGCUUCGUCAAGUGGCCCGAGUAUGUCCGUCUGCAGCGCCAGAAGAAGGUCCUGAACCUCCGUCUCAAGGUUCCUCCUUCCAUCGCUCAGUUCCAGAACACCCUGGACCGCAACACCGCUGCCCAGACCUUCAAGCUCCUCAACAAGUACCGCCCCGAGACCAAGGUCGAGAAGAAGGAGCGUCUCCACGCCGAGGCCACCGCCGUCUCCGAGGGCAAGAAGAAGGAGGAUGUCUCCAAGAAGCCCUACCACGUCAAGUACGGUCUGAACCACGUUGUCGGUCUCGUUGAGAACAAGAAGGCUUCUCUCGUUCUCAUCGCCCACGACGUUGACCCCAUUGAGCUGGUUGUCUUCCUUCCCGCUCUCUGCCGCAAGAUGGGUGUCCCCUACGCCAUCGUCAAGGGCAAGGCCCGUCUCGGUACCGUUGUCCACAAGAAGACCUCCGCUGUUCUCGCUCUCACCGAGACCCGCUCCGAGGACAAGGCUGAGUUCUCCAAGCUCCUCUCCGCCAUCAAGGAGGGCUACACCGACAAGUACGAGGACUCCCGCCGCCACUGGGGUGGUGGUAUCAUGGGUGCCAAGGCUGUCGCCCGCCAGGAGAAGAAGCGCAAGGCCAUUGAGGGUGCCAUCCGCGUCUAA